AGCCUGUAACGUUUAUCCGGAGGCGAAACAGUAGGAACCUUGUCAAUUUUUCAGAUACCGGAGCUCAGGGAAAAGAAAUGGCUACUCCAGCUCAUACCUCGCUCCUCCUCUCCAAUCCUUCGCCGCAACCGCAACUCUUGUUCAGUGUCCGGAGAUCAGUUUCCGCUCACACUAGAGCAACCAGAUUUAAAUGCUCAGCGAGCCAGACUGGGUUCUUCAGUCGGCUCGGUCGGUUGAUAAAAGAGAAGGCGAAAAGUGACGUCGAGAAGGUCUUCUCCGGAUUCUCGAAAACCAGAGACAAUCUCGCUGUCAUCGAUGAACUCCUCCUGUACUGGAACCUCGCCGAGACUGACCGAGUCCUCGACGAGCUGGAAGAGAUUCUACUGGUCGCUGAUUUUGGGCCGAAAAUCACAAUCAAGAUCGUAGAGAGCUUACGGGAGGAUAUUCUGGCGAGGAAGCUCAAAUCAGGAAGUGAAAUCAAGGAUGCUUUGAAGAGUCGUGUGCUGGAUUUGUUAGUCACGAAGGGGAGCAAGACGGAGCUUCAACUUGGAUUCAGGAAACCGGCUGUGAUCAUGAUAAUUGGCGUUAAUGGUGGUGGAAAGACAACAUCCCUUGGCAAGCUGGCAUAUAGAUUGAAGAAUGAAGGAGUGAAGAUAUUGAUGGCAGCCGGAGAUACAUUUAGGGCAGCUGCCAGUGAUCAGUUGGAGAUCUGGGCUGAAAGGACUGGAUGUGAAAUUGUUGUGGCUGAAGAAGAAAAGGCAAAAGCAUCAUCUGUUCUUUCACGGGCUGUCAAAAGAGGGAAAGAAGAGGGCUUUGAUAUUGUUCUGUGUGACACCUCUGGACGUCUCCACACGAAUUACAGCCUAAUGGAAGAGUUGAUAGCAUGUAAGAAAGCUGUGGGCAAAGUCGUUCCUGGUGCACCCAAUGAGAUCUUGCUGGUGCUGGAUGGGACCACGGGUCUAAAUAUGCUUCCCCAAGCAAGAGAGUUCAACGAGGUGGUGGGGGUAACAGGUUUCAUUUUGACGAAGCUUGAUGGCACUGCAAGAGGUGGAUGUGUGGUUAGCGUCGUGGACGAACUUGGCAUCCCUGUGAAGUUUGUUGGUGUCGGUGAAGGCGUAGAAGACCUCCAACCUUUCGACGCAGAGGCUUUCGUGAAUGCCAUAUUUACCUAGGGCCUGAACCAGAGUUAGUAUGCCGGCACUUCACAGUUGGGUUGUUUUACUGCUCGAAAUUGGGCAAGCUUAGUGUAUUAAAUCGACCAAUUUCAUUGUUGAUUUCAGGUUACCUAACCACCAAAAACUGGGAUUGAUUGUCCCAAGUUUAGUCAAAACAUGAUUCAGUACUGAUCUUGGCUUGCAGGGGGGGAUGCGGCGAAUACAAGAAGUCGGCGAAUACACGAAGAUCAGCACUGGGAAAAGCCAAGCCAACUUCCGCCGGGACUACGACAAACCAGCUUCAGGAGGAGCCAUUUCACAACAACAAUGUUGAGCAAAAGAGAGGAUUGAUGGAUGGUGGUAUUGGGACAUUGGAGAUGUAGAAAUGAACGAUAAAAAAGCUUAAUGCAAUUUGUCUUUCUAUCUGUAUAAGAACACCAUUACACAUCAAAGGACCAUCAUCUUGUAAUCUUCCAAAAUGGUUCCGAAAAAAACUCAUCUAGUGAUGAGGCAAAUUGUAAGUUAUGAAAUGGAGCAAAUGGUCCGCAUUUCUUUACUGCGUCUUCUGUUUUCGGUUUCAUAACUUGGAGGCAGGCAGGUGAUAGAAAGUAGCCCGAGCAGUGAACAUGAGCUUCCCAGUUUUCUUCUGUCGGAACUCCAUCGAAACCACCGUCAAGUUUCUUCCGCUCCUCACCACCGACGCGUCAACCGUCACCGUCUCAUUUUGAGGGGCGGCGGAGAGGUAAGAAAUGCCCAAUUCACCUAGAAACAGCUCCUUCUCCUCCGGCACUAGGGUUCUUGCACAGGCAAUCGACACUCUCUCCGCCACUGCCGCGGCGGCCCCUCCGUGCAGUCCUUUGUAGAAAUUCUCUACGACGGGGAGGACGGAGAAGGAGCAAGAGAUCCGGCCGCGUUCAACGGCGUGGACGUUGAGCAGGCCGCGGAUGAUAUCGGAGUAGGAGUCGGUGGUGGAUGUGUACUUCUCGACGGCAGGAUCGGAGACUCCGAGGUUUGUGAAGAAUCUAUUUACCGUAUUGACGUAUUGAAGAGGAAUGUUCCUCGCGAUUGUUUCCGUGGCCGUCGAGCCGUCCCCGGCGGUGGCUGAGUUGACGUCCUUGGUCAUCUCUCUCUUCUCCGUUCAGCUCAACCACGCACCUGUUUUCGGAACUAACUACUUCUAGACUGGAUUUGUGCUUUCCUACCGUCUUUUAUUUUGGUGGAAUUUUCCUUCCCAUUUUGGCAUUUUAUGUUCUCCUUCUCCCCUUUGUUUGGUUGUCUGGAAUUAGAGAUCACAAAAAUAUAG